CACAUCGCAUUUGUGUGUGCUCUCAGUUUCUCGCCUCAUUCAAAUCGAGCAGCUAAAACCAAACAAACGUUUCUCUACCACUGAAACUGUGUGUCUGAAAAAAAAAAAAAAAAAAGAAACUGUGUGUCUGCUUCAAUGGCGUCUUUGCUUGAUUCCAUCACCAAAAUCCUGGUGCUUUCUCUGCUGAUCACGUCCUCGAUCUUAUCUGCUUCAACAGUUACGGUUGGUUCUCACGUCAGGUUCACAGACCUGUCUGAUUCAGAAUGGCAAACCCAGGUUCUCGAACCAGAUGUCCCAGUAUUGGUCGAGUUUUGGGAACCAAGGUGUGGACCAUGCGCUACGAUUCACCCCAUCGUUGACCAACUAGCUAAGGACUUCGCAGGCAAGUUCAAAUUCUACAAAAUCAACACCGAUGAGAGCCCAAACACAACCAAUCGUUAUGGAAUAAGCAGCGUUCCGACCGUGAUCGUAUUCAAAGACGGUGAGAAGAAAGAUAGUAUCACUGGAGCUGUCUCUAGAGAGACAUUGGAGAAAACUAUAGAAAGGUUUUUGGUCGAGUAACAAAACAAAUUUGACUCGUUCUCACUUAACCACCAUACUAUAGUUUCUCUGUAGUAAUUCUUGUUAUGUUUUGUGGGUUUACUUUGUCUUGUUUGAUAAAUAAUUAAAUAUAAAAAAAAACUUCACCGACUCCAUUAAUGGAGAGGAUGAGAAGCACUACUCCAUGUGGAACCACAUGUUAUUGUU